AUCGUUUGCCUGUCUUUGCCAUUUGCGCACAAUUCUUCACGAUGCUCUCGCAGCGCGUACUCGGUCUCUUCCUCCUUGUCACGCAGCUCGCUGCGUCCUAUCUGACCAAUGACGACGUCGACGCGGCGCUAGCGUGCCAAUCAAGUGUCGCCAGCCCGAUAGCGUCGCUGACGCCCGGGGCCUUUGCGACCAACGCCUUCUUCUCGUGCUUCCGGAACGAGUCGGAGACGAUCGCCUUCAUGGAUGCAAUGGCCGCCCGCGUGGCCAAGAACGUCGUGACCAAGUCCGAGGUCGCCACGUCGUACUUGGGUCGGCCGAUCGUUGGGUACAAGCUGUCGCCGCCGGGCGCCUCUCCCCACGCCAUGUACGUGCAGGGCCUCCUGCAUGCGCGUGAGUGGGUGAGCAGCAUGGCGGUCGUCUACCAUGCCGCGAUCCUACUCGACGCUAUUGUCAGCAAGACGUCGACGACGCCCUACACGUGGUAUAUGGUGCCCAUUGUCAACGUCGACGGGUUCCAACAGACGUGGACGACGCCCGAGCGGUACCGGCGCAAGAACAUGCGGCCGGUGCCCGUGAACUUUCCGAGCAUUCCCAACCAAGCCGAGGCCGGGGUCGACCUCAACCGGAAUUGGGGCCCACUCGACAAGUUCAAUCUCGACAAUGUGACCAAGUUUGACUUGACGUACCCGGGCACGGCGCCAUUUAGCGAGCCCGAAGUGCUCGGGCUCCACACUUGGUUCCAAGCCCAUACGGAGAUCGUCGGCUACCUCGACAUGCACUCGUAUGCCGGCAUGGUCUUGACCCCGUACGGCGACAGCAACGAGACGCUGCCGGCGCCCUACGCCUCGCGCUACGACGCGCUUGGCAAAACAGUCCAGGCCGCGGUCGCCAAUGCCACUGGCACCGCCUACGACGCCAAGCCCGAGUGGUACCUCUACUUGUCCUACGGCACGUUCCAGGACUACAUCUUUCGCACAUACCAAAAGGCCGCGAUUACGUUUGAGCUCCAUGGCGACGACUUUAUCGUACCCGCAAGCACGAUUGCCCUGCGCUGCCGCGAAGCCCACGCGGCGCUCACCGCGUUUGCUAGCAACGUGCCUGCUUUCUACGACGGCCUCGCGCUGCCCGUGACAAGCACUACGAAGAGCGUCGCCGCGACGGCGCGCCUCUCGCCGCUGUUGCUCGCCAUCGCCUGCCUCUUCUACAGCCUAGGACUUUUUCGAUAGUGUACAUAUGAAGCCUAAGUGAGUUGUAAUGCGCGGUGGUGCUCUGUGGCUCUUGCUCUUUGGUGA